AUGGGUGGCAAGCAAGACGCUCACCAAUACCAGGCUGGCGAUAGCACGCACAGGAAAGAAGAUGAGUGGAAACAUCGAGAACCAUAUCGGAUUCACGACGAGGCGGAGGACUUCGACGUCAAAUGGGAAGGAGGUUGCCACUGCGGCAAGGUUCAAUAUCAGCUCAGCCGCGAUAAACCGCUGGCAGCAAAAUACUGCCACUGUACCACGUGCCAGAGACUUCAUGGGUCUCCUUUCCAGUGGGCAGCUAUCUUCCACAAGUCUGAUAUCAACUUUGUCCGAGGACACCACGACCUUGGCUGGUAUGAUCCAUCCAACAAAGACACAUCACACCACCUUCCAUGCAAGGUGUCGUGUGCAUUUUGUCGGUCUCCCAUUAUGGACGAAGGGCGAAACAUGAUUCUGCUAUUCCCUCCUCUAAUCAAAAAGAUCAACACUCAAAAGGCUCGGGAGGCAUUCAAGCCUACAUGUCACAUGUUCUAUACCCAGCGAGUGGCCGAGUUUCGAGGGGAUGGCGUGGUCAAGUGGAAAGGGUUGGACAAUAAAAGCGAUAUGAUCGAUGACGAUGAAAACGUAUUGGUCAAGUUCGAGGAGGGAAUGAAAGAUAAAGAUAUGGAUGAGAAGAAACGCAAAUAUGUGGAGUUGAAUGAGGAAGAUGAGGUGGUGAACACCAAGAAGAAUGGAACCAAGUAAUAGAAUGAGGACAAUGGACAAAAACUGGUACGCAAUCAAGGCACGUGAGACUUGCCGAGCGAC